AUGUUGCAUCCAGGGCUGGACAUGCACCAGAGGUGUGAGCUGGCUCUGACCGGCUUCUUGCUGUGGGACCUGUGGUCACUUGUGGCAUCAAGGAGAGAACAGAAGUGUGGAUUGAAGAAGGGUUCCUGCCAACUCGCAAGUCAGACACGGAACAACCUCCAAUCAAUUGCUCUCACCGCUGCUGCCAUGUGCUUGCAGAAACGUCCCACAUGGACCCCCUUUCAGAGAAGCAUGUCUGAGGUGGCCAUAGAGCAGUACUUUGGAAGGAUUCGAGCCAGUUCCCAGUCUGGAGAUGUGCAUUGUCGCAGCUAUUGGAGUGCUGCUGCAGGGAUUGCCCGUGCAGAGCUAGCCAAGAAGAAACACUUGAGCUUUAAGCAUGGACCUGUGCCUUCUGCACCCGUUGUGGAAGCACUCUCCCAGAGCGAGUUUCAGAAAUGUGCACGCAAAGCUUGGACGGCAUCAAUGCAAUUGGUCGCAUCAACUUCGGAGAUGCAGGUCUCCGUUUUGGAGUCACUGUACAGCUUGGAAGCCUCGUCUGAUGACUUUGGUAGCUCUCUUUUGCCAGAGGAAGAGGAUGAGGACAUGCAGCGUGUGGAGUGUGCUCGUGCUAGUGAGAACGAGCUGAACUUUGACAGGAACGGGAUGCAUGCAAUCCUUACCGAAAUUCAGCAGACAGCUGCAGAUGAGUUUGAAGAAGUUGACGAAGAGGGUGAACCUACUGCACCCAAAGCUGCAGAUUCUGAUGCGCAGCUUCCUGAUGGUGGACAAUUGAUCGCCUUGACAGAAGCUGGUCGCGCAGAGGACUCUGAGCCUAUUGAUGCGAACGUUGAUCCCAUCAAGACCUUGACAGAAGUCUUGUCUGACGGUCAAAUGUGGCCACGGCUUUGGCGCCUCACAUUCUUUCUGAGAUGUGGCUCUCAGGGGAUUGAUUCUCAAUACUUGAAGAACGCAGAGGUGGUUCGUCGGCGUUCCAGAAAACUCAAUUGGCAGCAGACCUUGGAACACAAUUUGAAGCAGCUCAGGGCCAAGGACAACGAGACUAUGCAAGGAGUCAAGGGGACUGGAAACAUUGUUGUGGCCUACACUGGCGAGAAAGACCCGCUCCUGGUGUGUCUUGUGAUGACGCUGUGGCCAAAAAUGCAGAAGCCGAAGCCCUGUGCAGCAUCGGUGCCUCUGACAAACAUCAAAUGUUUCAGAGCUGUGGUGCUGGAACAGACGGAUGAGGGAUUGAAGCCUACCACGACUCUUUCCAUGCUUGAUGGCAUCAACGUCUUGGCCAUUUUAGAUUCUGAGGGGUCUGACUUGAACAGAGGCAAUCUCGUCAUCUCUCAGGAGUCGCAAGAGCUGCUGUCCAAACUCAAGGCAGGAGAAUUUGAGAAACCCACCUUGCCAAAGAGGAAACGGCGAUGUCCAACAACAAAGGCAGCCAGGAAAAGAGUUGCAAAAAAAGUGAAACAGAUGCAUGCCAAAAAGAACAACAAGAAUAGCAAAACAGACCAGGAGCCAAAAGCACAAGACAAGAAACGCAGCAGAACGGAAGUUGCUCUUGAACAUGCAGAAUCCAUCACUUCUGCGGACUUGAGAAAAAAUUCAGCUGGAAGAACUGCUAUCUCAAAUGUUAUGGCCCGGUGCCGUGAGCUAGACUGCUUGAAAUUUGAGAAACCAGUUUUCCACAGCAUGACCAACUUGUGCACUUUGCCUGGUUUGGACCACAUGACCUUCAAAGUUUUCUCCACAAAAGCCGGCAAGUACUUUGAAUGCAAGUAUGCAUUCUCAGCCCGCAGCCCGGCCGACUACGGCUUUGGAUGCCUUUGGCAUCCUUUGGCAUCCUUUUGCGAUGCGAUCCUGGUUGGGGAAAUCACGGUCGCAGUUUGUUGCAGACAUGGUUGCAGAUAG